AGUAUAAAGUAUGGUCUCAUGCGAUACAUACCGAAAUCCCCGCACCUGUUUCAGUCAGAGUUGAAGUAAAAAGAGAUAAACAAUAUAUUUCCCGAGGCUAGGGUUCUUGCAAACAAUGCACUUGCCCAAACUGGUGAAUCAUCUUUAGAACUGCAGCAUCAACGAGAAAUUUCUUAUCAGACUGUAUAUCGUGUUAGAAGCCUACGAAUAAGGCACAGUGCGCUAUGCCAACCUGAGAUCUUUUUCAUAGAGAAUUUAAUUUGCAGUCGUAUCGAGAGAGUAAUUGUUAUUCGUUCGAGAAUUGUCGUGCAUUCGAACGUACUCUAAAUAUCAUCACGUCAACGCACUUAAGUGUUAAUUCUAAUUUUUACUAAAGAAUUACAUAAUAUAUGUGCAUGAGUCACAGGGUGAAUAGGGGGGACGUGCAAACGUCAAAAUCGUGCUGCAGCGAUUUUCUUGCAGUUUAGCUUGAAUCUGGGCAAGAACCUAUAAUAAGGUUGCGAUGAACAAGAAGCAUUAUGCAACUUUCCAGUGAGCAGGAAGAAUACUACUAAGAAAUGGCAAUAUCCAAAUUGAAAAUACUAAAGUCACCACCUCCACCUCUCUCAAGUUUGCCAGAGGCACCUAUGUGUGAAAAAACUGAAGUGAGUGAUGCAGAUUCCCUGCCUCCUUGGGCCAAAAUUACCCUUACAUCUGCCGAGGCAGAAAUUGAAAAGCUGAUAGCUCGAAAUGAGUUAAAAGAUGCAGAAGUCACAUAUUUUUGUCAAGUUGAACCCAUUUUGCAAGAUGGACCACAAUGUGGUUUAGUUGCACUUGCUAUGGCAUCACAAGAAUACACAAAGCCAGUUUCAGUGAGUCAACUUUUAGCUGAAGCUCGUGUAAGAGGUUUCACUCAACAUGGAGAAGUGUACAGUGUUGAUUUCAUGGGUACACUGGCAGCUGAAUAUUUACCUGAUCAUAGACCAGAUAUUUUAGUAGAUUUACAGCAAUGCCCAGAUACAUUGACACAUGCUUUAGCUCAUGGUGCAAUGGUAUUAAUUCCAUAUGAUUCUGAUUUCAAUCAUGCUCCAUGUUUAAAAAGAGGUCAUAAAGCUCAUUGGGCACUACUUGUGGGUCUAAUUUCAUCAAGGUACAUAAUAUUUUUUUGCACGUCACGGAAAAUCACGUCAUUUAGCUUGUUGGCCCUUGCGUGAUUUAAUCGAAAGCAAUGGUAAUUUAGAAGAGGAAGGAACAGCUAGACAUGCUGGGGGAUAUGUAAUACCAAAAGGAGGAGUCGGAGGUCAGAGAGGUUUACGCGGUAGGGCACUGGCGUUGCAUCCAUACAUAUAAGAUCAUGUACAAGAAUUGUAGGUAAUUAAUAUCACAGCGAAAGACAGAAAUUACUAUUAUAAUAUUACCGUAUCCACGUUACAGUAUAUGGUAAAUAUUCAAGAGCAUAACGUUUGCACAGCUGCUAUGAAAUUUAAUUAUUUGUAAAACCGUGAUGCUUUUAAGUAACAUAUGUUUCAACUUGCGAUGCAUUUUCGGUCAACAUUCGACGAGGAAUAAUAAAGUCCUCAAAUUCGGCAUUAGGUGUAAAAUGGGCGAUAUAUCAUUCGUUGACAAUGUAAAUAAUGAUUUAUUAUGUAUGUUUGAUUUAUAUGCACUUGAAUGGUAUGAAAGAUUUUUCUUUCGUUAUUUUGACGUAUCGAGCUUUUCCUGUGGUACUAUAUGUGCUGAGCGUAAAUUGAGAAAAAAAACGAGCAUGUACACGUGCAUGAAAGAAACAAACGUGAAAAAGAAAAGUCGAUAAAGAAUAUUUGCAUAAAAUAAAUAUCUACGUGUAUUAGUUAGGAUUUAUCGGAAUCGUAAUACUAGCCAGAACAAAAAGAUCUAAGUAUAUUUAUUUAGCGAAAAAAUAGAUUUUCAAUUAAUAAUUAUGGAUCUUUGUUUUAUGUUAACAUUGUGAAUAAAGACUAAAUCUGUAGCAAGAUUCUCGCAAUUGCAUUUGAGGCAAUACAACUUAAUAAUCGUGUAUUAUAUUAAAUUGUUGGGCGCAUUGCUUUUAAGAUGCGGAGUAAAUUAUUAUAUUAAAUAUAUAUAAUAUAAUAAUUUAAAUAUAAUAGA